UAUUAAAGCCACAAACCUAUGUGCCAGAGUGAGCAGGAAUAGGUUUCGACUGAACUGUGCAUAAAGCCGGGGUUUGUGGAUUGACCUUAACAUAGACUUAAAUGACUUACUCCCUGGCUCCCGUCUAUUAAAUUCUCAUUUUGGUCAGAUUUGUAUGCUUGUUAUUGCCAUUCGAAUGAUACGACUAGACACCAGGAAACUAAGUGAUUUACUUUUACAGUUGAAGUUCAAACUUCCCUUUUAAUUUGAGGUAAUCUUCAUUGGAGUUGAAGAGAUUUUUGUUACACAUAUCCCUUCCAAUUUUACUAAAGUUCACGUAGAUUUGGAUGCUGGAGAUUAUUCUUUUUCUAUUUGCCACUUCCUGGUUCGAUAGUUUGGCUUGCACUACAAAGAUACAUCGAUCAACUGGAUACAAGUCUAUUGAAGACGCGUAUUUUUGUGUGACGUGUACGUCCCCACUAACUUCUUUCCCGGCCACGUACAGGUGCAACUUAAUGACUUGAUUAAUGUAAAGUCCUAGGGUAAUGACUGCAUUACUUCAGCGAUGCUGGAGUUAUGGUAGGAGCCACCCUUUCCUUCGUCGCCGAUUUACUCGGUUAUUCAGCCUAGCUUUUCGAGGAUUCACUUUCCUGAGAACUUCUAACCCUAUAACCACUGAUGCCAGUGAAGACCAUUCGGGAGUUGGGUGAAGACAAGGCAACGGCCGUCGUCUACAACCACUCCAAAGCCAAACUAUUCACGAGAAAGAACAAAGUUACACGAUGUAGAAGCGAAACAUUCCUGUUAAUUACGAGAAGGGAGUCGUCUGGCCGUCGCUACUGCACUGAGAGGAGACCAUCACUAUCACCAAGUACUCGAAAACCAAAACUCAAACUGAUAACAGAAGGUACCAAUUGCAAAUUGAAACUGAAGCUUGAGGUUUCUAUCGUCUCGACUUCCCUCCAUCAUGGACCACAGACACUUUACUUUGAUCUGCGUAGGGAAACGGCAGUCUCGUCUUUGAAAGAGUUGAUCGGUUUUCAGCCUAAACAUGAGCGACUUUUCAGCGAAAUAAACUUUCAGCUUACUCCACACAAAAACGCUGUAGACAAAGACGACAUCAUCUCAUUGUCAACUGAAAACCCUGCUCAAGAUGAACCCAACGAAACUUAUAAACCCAGAGACAAAGAGCCUGAGCCAGGACCACAUAACGACGUAAGAGAAGAUGAGCAGAACAAACAAAAAGGGGAACCGACUCCUGAGGGGCAGACGCACAGAGGAGAGCCAGCUCGUGACAGCGACGGGUCGAGGGUUUCCUGCUUCAGAUGCGUGAAAACGAAGUUACAGAUCUUUGUCCGGAAUUCCACCCCUCGGGGGCCGAAGACGCUUUGUCUCCAACUAAAACCGGAGACAUGCAUCUCAACCUUAAAAUCACUGAUAUUCAGUAAGAUCGGCGUCCAAAAUCAACAUCAGCGUCUGUACAUCAGGAGAUAUUUUCGCAACUUUCAACUUGGUGACCUGCUUACUCUCGGCGACUAUGGAAUUCAACAGGAUGAGAAUAUCUCACUCUGCCUGCCAACUGAUGGUCUGUUGGGUGGUGGACAACACGACAAAGUUCAGGUUGAUGAACAGUUUCUCAGGGAUUUGUCCACCGAGGUUGAAGAAUCCUGGAUAGAGCUGGCCGAGCGUCUGAGUUACAGAAGAACGGAAAUCUGGCAGAUCAGUGCUAGCUUCGAAGGCAACAAAGAACGCAGCCACCAGAUGUUACUCUCUUGGUGGAAAAAGCAGACAAAUCCUGAAGAAAGACUGGAAAGACUGAGAGAGGCACUGACUGCCAUUGGACUUUCCAAAGUGAUCUUAUUGGUGUCCGGUAAGCCAAUUUUCAGGACACCUCGUGGACCAGAUCUAAAAGAAACAUGCCAAGAAGAGAGCUCCAUAAAAGGAUCAAUGAAAUCAUAUAGGGGUGGGGGAUUGGAACAGGAAGAGCGGGGACAACAGAAAGGUACAGGGACAGAAGGACUGAAGUUGGAGAGAGAGGGGUCAUCUGAAAACUGGGGAAACCGAACAAGACGGGAGGGGGAUCAAGACACGAGCCAGCAAGAAAAACAGCAAUUACGAGAAGAAUUACGUCGGUGCUCGCAACAAGAAAUGUCAUCAUCGGUGGAUUACGAAGUGUCAACAUCAAAAGAGUAUGAAGUGUCAUCAUCGAAAGAGUAUGAAGUGUCAUCAUCGGAAGACGACAAAGUGUUAUCAUCGAAAGACGACGAAGUGUCAUCAUCGAAAGAGUAUGAAGUGUCAUCAUCGAAGGAGUAUGAACUGUCAUCAUCGGAAGACUAUGAAGUGUCACCAUCUAAAGCCUAUGAAGUGUCAUCAUCGAAGGAGUAUAAAGUGUCAUCAAUUAACGAGUAUGAAGUGAUGGAGGGGCAGUUCAGAUACACAACACAGAAUAAACAGCAACUGCUCACCACAGAAUAUCAGUCAACGUCAAGAGGAAUGCUACCGGCACCCGAGGAAAAUAAAAUUCAAAAAUUAAUAUAUCAGAAACCAAGCGAGGCGCAAGUGGACAGUUUUUAUGGAGGGCACGCUGAGUUCCAGGAGAAAGUGGAAAAACAAAUGUCACCACUAUACCAGAAUUCAUGCCUUUUAGGGAGAGAUAUCGCUCCUUCAGCGUCCCAAGUCGGAUCGCCGUCAGUAUUAUCUGCUCUCCAGAGACAUUGUUCUCUGCAACAAGUGUCAGUGGACGCCUUAAGUAUUUAUGGAACCAACAGUCCCACCUUCUUGGCACCGGUUUAUCAACCGACAUUGCAGUUUGUUCAAAAUGUGACCUUGACGCACAACAGAUUAGUCGAGACUGAAAAAGCAGUACCCACAGGGCAAGACAUAGCCACUGAAUGCAGGAACGAACUGGAAGAGCAAUGCACGGCUACAGGUAGCCAUGAGUAGUUAAUCCCAUGGGGUAAUGAGG